GGGUGGCGAUUAUUUUGGAAGUGGCCAUAAAAAUGUUUUCGGCUAUUUAAUACAGCAUUCGAAUUUUAUGGAGUUUAGUCUAAAAUUAAUCUGGCGAGGCAAACAAAAACAAAAUGUAUGUCACCCAUUCAGCUUUGCGAUGGAGGACUUUUCCGCGUAAGCAAAUAGAUGUCUUUGGCUUCGUAUCGGGUUCUCUGUUCUCUCGUGUUGUGUUCUGUUCUGUUGUGUUGGCAAGCACAUAAAAACACAGUGCAUAAUCAAAUAUUGGCCAUGAGGCGACUCGUCGUAGCCAACCUUUAGUUAUUUGCCUGCGCCUGACAUAUUUGCCAAUGGAACUGACACUGGAUGCGUUGAAUACGCGUGCGGUUUCCAGCUGUGAUUUACCUAAGCUGCUUGGUUCAAUCGACCAAAAUGUCCUGCUAUAUAAAUCAGACCACAAUCCUCAAUGGUCUCAUUCGCAAGUUUCAAGUGCUUUGCUGCAGUUCGUUGUUCGCGUGAAUCUCUUUUGACAAUGGCCAACUACAAUCUCAUUCUGGCUCUCUUGGUGUUGAUCAGUUGCUCUCUGGUAGUCGCCACACCGGACGAGGAGCGUUACAUGGAGAAGGAAUAUAAUCGGGAUCUAUUCGAUUGGAUCAAUAAUGCGGCACGUUAUGCCCCACUGCAGGCAGCUGGCAAUCCCUGCAAGUAUUAUCCCUACUAUCUGGCCAACGCGUUGCCCAACAACAAUAUGCGUAUGCCAAAGCGCAACUCGGAGCUGAUCAAUUCGCUGCUUAGUUUGCCCAAAAACAUGAACGAUGCGGGCAAAUAAAUUUGCAGUUGGCAGUUGGCAAACAAAAAAAAAGAGAAAAGCUGUGAAAUUAAAUACAGGG